AUGUUCGCCAAACUUGCCCCGACAACCUACAAGAAGCACUACCCGCGAUGGAUGGUCGGGAAGCCCUUACUCUAUAUGAGUUCCGCUCUAGCUAGUCUAGGCGAUGCUAUGUUCGGUUAUGCCGCGGGCGUCAUAGCCGCUAACCACGUCCAACCCUCGUUUCUUCAACGCAUGUACCAUGUCGAUGUGACGCUUGAACAAAUUCAAGCGGGGGAGACCGGUGUCAACGAAUACCUCGUUGCCAUCGUGGUAUCAUGCCUCAACAUCACGGCUCUCCUCGCAUCCUUCGGUGCUGCCUAUAUGUGCGACAUCAUGGGCAGGCGCAUGUCAGUCCGGAUUGGCGCCAUCAUCUACCUCAUCUCGGCAUUUCUUCAAAUCUUCGCCCCUAACCUCGCGGUCCUUAUCGUGGGCCGAAGCAUCCAAGGUCUCGCUGUCGGCAUCCUCUCGAUGACUGUCCCUAUUCUCCAGUGCGAGAUUGCCCCUGGCGGCGAGCGCGGUCUCUUCGUCGCCAUCGAGUACACCUGCCUGAACGCCGGCUACGCCUUGUCCGCCUGGGUUGGAUACGGCUUCUUCCAGCUUAUGCCGGCUGAACUGGCAUGGCGUGGGCCCUACAUUGUUCAGGCGGCGCUUGCGGCCAUCCUCCUUGUCUGGACCUUCCUUCUUCCCGAGACACCGCGUUGGUUGAUCAAGAACGGCUUCGUCGACGAGGGUCUCGGCGCACUGGCGGAUCUUCAGGGCACCGGCGACAUCACGAAUCCUGUCAUCCAGGACAGCGCGCAAGAGAUCGAAGAUGCCAUCGUUGCGGAGGCCACCAACGGCGAGGCAUCCUGGACGCAACUCUUCUCUCAGUACCCUCGUCGCGCUAUCGUCGGUAUCACCUGCCAGCUCUUUGCUCAAUUCAACGGCAUCAACGCAAUUCUCUACUAUCUUCCCGAGAACCUCAACCGUGCCGGUUUCUCUGUCGACCGCGCUCUGCUUUACUCGGGAGCUUGCGCCCUCAUCUACUGCGCCGGCACCACACCGACUAUGGCUUUCAUCGACAAGCUUGGCCGUCGCACUUUCCUUCUCAUCGGCAGCGUCGGGCUUGCGGCCGCUCUCGCUCUUCUCGGUGGCCUCCAGUUCUUCGUCAACAGCCUGUCUUCCGACAGCCCACACAUUCUGGGUGCGGCUGACGGUAUCUUUGCCGCCGUCUGUGUCUACCUCUUCAUCUAUGGUGCCACAUGGGGCCCGACGCCGUGGCUGCUCGGUGCCGAGAUCUUCCCACUUCGUGCGCGCGCUAAGGGCAUGGCUCUGUCAACCAUCUCAAACUGGAUCUGUAACUUCAUCAUCGCCUUCAUCACGCCUCCCCUCUUCGCAAUUCUUUCGGGCGGCUACUACUUCCUCCUCCUCGGUUCUUGUGUUAUCAGUGGUAUCACCGUCUGGUUCCUCUACCCCGAGACGGCCUUCCUCUCGCUCGAGCAGCUCGGCUCCGCCUUCGGUGAUGACCCCAAGCCCGCAAGCGAGGAGGAGCGCAGGCAGUGGCGCCAAAGUGUCACUUCCCUUCACUCCGAGAAGAAGAGGCCGACCGUUUCCGUGGGCAGCGUCAACGCGUCCCGCGACACCCUUCCCGUUCUGCGUUCUCCGAUCUCGCCGGCCGAGCUCGAUACCAUCAAUACCGCUGAGGUUCUCGCAUAG